UUGGAGGCUUCGCUGAUCUGGAAGAGAAAGGCAAGCAGACUGUUCUUAUUUGUGAACAGGGUUCUGGGUAGAACCACAGAUACAAUGCUAAUCAUUGCAUAAUCCAGAGAGGCUACAUGAGGAUAAGGGAAACCAUUCCUUCCAGCCAUUGUUACAAGGCAGCCAGUAUGGUGUCAUGAUUGGGCUGGGAUUAAAGUGACCUGAGAUCAAACCUCUCUUUGGCCAUGAACCUCAAUGGGUGACUGUGGGUCAGUCACAACCUCUCGCCGUCACCUCCUCACAAGGUCAUUGUGAGGGUCAGCUGGAGAGGACGGAGAGCCAUGCAUGAAGUCUGUAGAAGAAAGGCGAGAAAUGAGUAUCACAAAUAAUAAUAAUUGUGGUAGGAUCUGAUAUUGCACAAAGCAGUUCCCACAUAGCCAACCGGGUCCAAGCAUCUCAGUGGCUGCUACACCUCAGCAGCAGCUGUCUACCAGUGGGCAGUCCUGAGACAUUGGUUUGGUGCUUAUCAUUGCACUCCAAUCUUACAAAGACAUAUAAAGUGAGCUCCACUGAUGUUGAGUAUCUCCAUCAAAUAUAAUAAAAAAGGGGAAAAAUUUAGUUCAUCAUGAGCUUUUACAGCUACAGUCCACUUCCUCAGAUGUGAAGCAUCACAGGCCACAGCUUCAUAAACACAGGGUAUAUGCUGGUGGCACAGGAAGUGUGAGAUGAGGGGAAAAAAGGUGUGUCGCCACCAUCACAAUGGCCCUAGCCACACCAGUAAUGACCAGGCACAACCCAUUGGCUAUAUAAUCCCUACUUUAAAGUGACACAAUUCUUAUGUGCUGAAACAGACUUAACACAGCUACCGCUCUGAAAAGGGAUCUUGAGGGAAAUUACUUUGGGGAGGAAAAAAAAAGAUUUAAUUCGAUAAUAAUUCUGCCCUGCUGAAAUUAUCUGAAUUUUACAGAUGGAGGGUCAAGUCUUCCUUGAACCAUGACUUACUAAGCCACCUUGGACCUGACCUACCUCUUAAGAAGAAACAGGGAGGGUGAACACCUGGUACACCACCUUUAGGUCACAGAGGUAAAUAGGGAUAGAAAUGUAACCGAUAAAUAACUCAGUGUAAAGCGCUGUUCGUUUUUGCUAGCUCCUACAUACAAACACCGUUUACCUUGGGGGGGGGAGUGCACGCUUACAGACAGAGCUAUUCCUCCUCCCCCCUCUCCCUAAUCCGGCACCCUUCACAUGUCCUUUCUGUCUGUGAGCAAGCCAGCCAGACCCGAUUCUCGCUCGCUCGCUCUCGCUUGCUCUGCAGACUUUUGGAUUUGGGAUCCAGAUCUCAGGAUUUUGCCUGAUACGCUUGCACAGUCUUGACACGGCCACCUCCGGUCCUUGUUUCCUGCGCCCGCUUCCGCCUUUUUCUCCUGCCUUCCAUUCAACAGUGGAAGCCACGGACGACUCCGCCGCGAGGGCGCUCAGGAACCUUUGCUUUGCCUUCCUGGUUUGAAGGACUGAAGAGGAAGAUGCUCUGGACCAUUUCUAUUCUAGCCUUUAUUGUGUGAUUGGAAUUCCACUCUUCAUUCAACCAAAUUCCAAGAACUUUAAAGACAAGCAAGUGCAAACCUCAGGUCCUAGAGAGGAAGAAAAGGGGAAGAAGAAGAAAAAAAAUUGAAUAUUUUUCUUCCUUGUGCCUUUCAACAACCUGCUUUAUUCUUAUAGAAUUGAUCUGAAGACAACUUCCUUCAUGACAAAGGCAUUUAUGGAGUGAAGGUUUAUCAACACUACACAAAGAUGUGGGCUACAAUUGCUAAAUACUUGUUAUGGACUAAAGUCCAUAAAGACUUGUUGCAGACUAAAGUCCAUAAAGACUAUAAAGUCCGAACUUGGCUGCAAGUGCAGAAGGGCAACCACAAUUACCGAAGGCAUUUCUCUCUGAGCAGGAGGUCUUGGCAACAGGCAUCUGGGAUAGUGCAGCCAGUUCAGGCCCUCACCAUGAGUGCAGCCAUCCAGAAAGUGGAAACUCUGGAAGCAAAUCAGUUUGUCUGUGUUCACUGGGAAGAUGGGGCUGAGAGCCUAUACCCUUCUGUUUGGCUACGGGACAACUGCCAGUGCCCUGCCUGUUUCUUACAUUCUGCCCAAGCACGCAAACUGCCUCUUGAAGAUCUCGAUGUCAAUGUCACAGCAAAGGAUGUUGGCUUAACAGAAACUAAAAAGGUAUACAUUAUUUGGCCAGAUGACCACUCCAGUGAAUUUGAACCUGCUUGGUUAAAAAAGAGAUGUUUUUCUGAGCAUGCAAGAGCAAAAGUGCAAGAAAAAUUAUUUUUGUCAGAAUGUCAGUACUGGGGUUCUGAUCUUCAGCUCCCAACUAUGACCUUUGAAGAGGUGUUGCAUAGUGAUGAAAGUGCAUACAAGUGGCUGGUCACCCUUAAAAAGGUGGGGAUUGUGCUAUUGACAGGAGCUGCCAGUACACAGGGAGAGCUGCUUAAACUUGGGCAACGGCUUGGAUUCCUUCGCCUGACAUUCUAUGGGCCCACUUGGCAAGUACAGGACAAAGUGGAUGCUAACAAUGUGGCCUACACAACCGAGAAGCUAAGUUUCCACACCGAUUAUCCAGUUCUGCAGUUUCCGCCUGGGAUUCAGUUACUGCACUGCAUAAAGCAAACUCCUACCGGAGGAGAAAGCGAGGUUGUGGAUGGAUUUUAUGUAGCAAAUAAGCUUAAGGAACAAAACCCUCAAGCCUUCCAAAUUCUGACCUCCACAUAUGUGGACUUCACAGACAUUGGGGUUGAUUACUGUGAUUUCUUCAUGCAGUCCAAACAAAGAAUUAUAGAUGUAGAUGAAAAAGGCCAAGUGGUUCGUAUCAACUUGAAUAAUGCAACAAGGGAUACAAUAUUUGACAUACCAGCUGAAAAUGUAAAGCCAUUUUAUGCUGCUCUCAAGGAUUAUGUUGACCUCUUAAACAGUCUGGAUAAUAAAUAUACCUACAAAAUGAAACCAGGUGAUGUAGUUGUAUUUGACAAUUGGCGUUUGCUUCAUGGCCGGCAGAGUUAUCAGGCAGGAACAGAAGUGUCCCGUCACCUUGAAGGAGCCUACGCUGAUUGGGAUGUGGUGAUGUCAAGGCUUCGUAUCCUACAGAAGAACAUUCUUAGCAGAAAGUAGUUUUGAAUAUUGGACUAGAAGGGGAUCUCAGCAGGGUUUGCCUAGCCUUUCCACAAAACCAAAUAGAUGUGAUGAUGUUUCCAGUGACUUCAGGGAACUCCUGGCUUCCAUAGCUCAGUACGUCCAGAGUGGACUAUGUCUAGAUGGGCUGCAUAUAAAUGCAAUAAAUAAAUGAAUAAAUAAAUAGCUCCAUCUGUCCUGUUGAAGCUCCAUUUAACCUGGGAUUAGCUUGGAUUGCUAACCUGACUGCAUGUAGACAGUCUCUUCUGUGGACUAAAAACUGGGCAGCCCCCUGGUUUUUCAGAGAAAUUUUGAGCAACAAACCAAUAAAGAAAAUGGAGGUUGUGGAAAUGGUGGGGUGGGGAAAAGAUUCACAAUAAGACUUAGACUGCAUUUGAAAUCCAGUGCUUUGGCAAAUGAUGGUGCCAAAUAAAAUCUUAGUGGAACCAGAUUUUUUCUGCUAUAUGCAAGAUUUCUUUGGGGGAAAAAAAACUUUUGUGAAAUUUUCAUAAGAUGCCAAAAUAUGGGGUGGGGAGGCAGAAAAACUCCUGUAAUCUUGGUCAGCAAGAUGAAACCUUUUUGAACAAGGGAAAAAUAUACAAAUAUUUACAAGAACAAAAUAUGCACAUCCUUUCUUCUGAGUAGUCCUGCAGAGGAUGAAAUCUGCAUCUUCUAAGUCCUAGUUCUUUUGCUAGAUGAAAAUGAGAACAUCUGAUGUAAAGGAAGCAAGUAGUGUCCAGCCUUUCUUCCCAAGCGAGGCUUUAAAGAAUUUGGGUGAAAUACUAAGGGCCUAUCCACACUGGCAUAUAAAUAUGAUAUAUAGCAUGCUGAGGACACAGUUUAGAUCAAAAGAAAUGACUGUGUCCACUUCUACUUAGAUCAAGCCAUCCUUCCCCUUUAAGAGCUGUCUCACUCCUUUCUGGCUCAGCAGUAGGGCACACACUCUUUCUGGCAUGCAGACAAUCAAAGGAAGUGCCUGGUUGUACUCCCCUGGUGGCUCUGAGGGCCCCAGCCAAUGCUGCUAUCACAAAGGGGUCUCUUUCCGGAGUGUUAUCCACCUCCUGGAGGCAGACUCCAUGGUAAUGUGCUACAAGUGGGUGAGAGAUUAAGCAAGAGCCAGUGACCUCUGCAUGUACCACAGGUUUGCUCCCUGUGCUCUGCCUUUCAGCUUCCUUUCCCCUUUCUCUUCAUCUUUUUUCUCUUUCCUCCUUUCUUUCACAGUUCUGCCUUUUUAAAAUUUCCCCUCCAGUCUGUCCGUCCUUCUCUCCUGGCAGUUUCACUUGCUGUUUUGAUUCUCUUUGCCUUCUUGUGGCUGCUCUUCCAUCUUCUCUCCUCCCAUCAAUUUCCAUUUCCUUCCCCAUCCAAAUACCAUCCUCUUUGUGUUCUUGAACAUCCUCUUUGCUCUCCCCAUCUUGCUUUUUUCUGUCCCAGACCCUUUAACCUCCCCAUUCCCCCCUUUCUUCCUCUUUUCUCUUCCCCUCCUUAUUUGACAGCUGAUUGGGCUGCAAGGAAUCAUUUGCUGUUCAGAAGGGAGGAGCAUGCAAAAUAGCACAUCGCUCCACACACCCCCAAACCUCAUCAGCCCUUUGUAGACUGAGCCAUCCCACACCCAAAACAGCCAGUCUGGGCAGCCCUAAGAGUACUUUCAUGCUAGCCCACUCAAUCAAUACAAAAUCAGAAAUGCUGUUGUAAGUCAUUUUUUACAAAGCAUCCAGACUGUUUCAUUGCUAGUCUUCUUUUAGUGGUUCACCUCUUUUAGUUUAUGGCAGAUUUUUCUGAUUGACCAACAUCAGCUCUUGUGGGAAAAAGGGAGGGGUCUGGCGACAAUGAUUCAUGCCUUAAUUUCUUCUCUUUUAGACUACUAUUACAUACUCUGCAUGAAGUCUUUUAUAAAUGAUUUUU